AUGAGUCGCCAACGCCCCCUCUUUGGCUCUUGCGCCUGCGGCCGAAAUAGAUACACAAUCCAGAUCCCUCCCGACUCUACCGGAGUCGCGCAGGUAUUUUAUGACAAUAGCCAUGCUCACCGACACGCCCUUUCCAACCCGCUUCCUACCUACCUUCGCAUCCCUCUCACAUGGUAUUCAUCUACCACGCACUCGUACUUCCCCGACGAGUCGGCGCGUGCCAUUCGGCGCGUGUACACCUCGCCUAGCGAUCCCUCUUCGUUGCGCCAAUUCUGUGGUUUCUGUGGCACUCCCCUGACAUACUGGUCCGAGAGUCCACGGGAGGAAAGCAACUUUAUAUCUUUAACGCUAGGCAGCUUACUGGAGGAUGAUCUACGGGACUUAGAAGAGUUGGGUCUGUUGCCAGAAGGGACACAUGAAUUAGAGGGCGGAGGUGAGACAGCUGAGGUGGAUGAGGGAGUUCCGUGGUUUGAGAGUAUGGUUUCCGGGUCGAGGCUAGGAAAGAUGCGGAGAUCGUUGGGAGCCAGACGCAGUGGGCGAUGGUCAGUGGAGUGGGAGGUAGUCGAGUGGGGUGGUGACGACGCUUCUGGUUCUGCAUCACAUGACACUGGACGGGAAAUAGAGGGCCAGAGACCUGCAAGUGCGGGCAAGAGGAAGUUGGGAGUGGAUGAUGAGGAUGAGCAUGUUGGUGCUGAUGCAACCAUGAAAGGUGCGCUCUGA